AUGACCACCCAAAUUGCACCGUACAUUGGUCUGCUUAUAUCUAUCUAUCUCGGUCUGUUCAUAUCUAUCUAUCUAUCUAUCUAUCUAUCUAUCUAUCUAUCUAUCUAUCUAUCUAUCGCAGUCUAUUCAUAUCUAUCACGGUCUGUUCAUAUAUAUCUAUCCCAGACUGUUCAUAUCCAUUUAUCUAUCAAUCUAUCGGAAUCAGUUUAUGUCUAUCUAUCUAUCUAUCUAUCUAUCUAUCUAUCUAUCUAUCUAUCUAUCUCAGUCUGCUUAUAUCUAUCUAUCUCGCUAGCUAUCUAUCUCAGUCUGUUUCUAUCUAUCUAUCUAUCUAUCUAUCUAUCUCAGUCUGCUCAUAUCUAUCUAUCUAUCUAUCUAUCUAGAUAUCUCAACCCGUUCAUAUCUAUCUAUCUAUCUAUCUAUCUAUCUAUCUAUCUAUCUAUCUAUCUAUCUAUCUAUCCAUUCAGCACAAGGCACUUCCCAAAAACUAAACAAAUGAAUUAUCGAUAUUUACGUCUGGGUCAACGCGCCCUCCCCCUCCCUCUCUCUCUCUCUCUUUCUCAUUCACUCACACACUCACUCUUUCUUUCUCUCUCACCUAACCUCGCUGUCUCACUGUCUCUCUCUCUCUCACUCUCUCUUAAACAUAAUCCUUAUACUAUCUGCCAAUUAGCCUUUCUGUCUAUCUAUCUCUCACGCACACACCGUGGUCUUCUCUUGUUGGGUUUACUACGCUUCUUUCUUUCUUUUUUCUUUCUUUCUUUCUUUUACUUCUUUUUUUUCUAUUUCUUCUUUCUUACUUCGUUCAGCGGUUUUUAUUUUCUUCAUUUUUCUUCUUUUUCCUCUUUCUAUCUUUUUCCUGUUUCUGUAUUUCUUCCUUUUCCUUUUUUCUUUCCUUUUUUUUUUUUUUUUUUUUGUUCCGUGUCUCUUGUCCGGUCCUUUCUUUCUUCCACUAUUUGUUUGUUUGUUUGUUUUUUUCUUUCUUUCUUUCUUUCUUUCUUUCUUUCUUUCUUUCUUUCUUUCUUUCUUUCAGGCAUUCGUUUAGUCUUCUUCCUUUCUUUCAUUUAUUCGUUUAUCCAUCUUUCUUUCUUUCUUUCUUUCUUUCUUUCUUAUCCAUUCAUUUUUCUUUUUUCAUUUUUCAUUCAGUUUCUUUCUUUCUUUCUUUCUUUCUUUCUUUCUUGCAUUCGUUUAGCCUUCUUUCUUUUUUCUUUCUUUCUUUCUUUCUUUCUUUCUUUCUUUCUUUCUUUCUUAAUCAUUCAUUUUUCCUUUUUCAUUUUUCAUUCAGUUUCUUUCUUUCUUUCUUUCUUUCUUUCUUGCAUUCGUUUAGCCUUCUUUCUUUCUUUCUUUCUUUCUUUAUUAUCCAUUCAUUUUUCUUUUUUCAUUUUUCAUUCAGUUUCUUUCUUUCUUUCUUUCUUUCUUUCUUUCUUUCUUUCUUUCUUUCUUUCUUUCAGGCAUUCGUUUAGUCUACUUUCUUUCUUUCCUUCUUUCUUUCUUUCUUUCUUUCUUUAUUAUCCAUUCAUUUUUCUUUUUUCACUUUUCAUUCACCUUCAUUUCUUUCUUUAUUUCUUUCUUUCUUUCUUUCUUUCUUCACUUCAUGAAUUUUUCUUUCUUUCUUUUUCUAUUCCAUUAAUUUUUCUUACUUUCAUUUUUCCACUGUUUUCGUUCUUUCUUUUUCUUUCUUUCUUUCUUUCUUUCUUUCUUUCUUUUCUACCCAUCAAUCUUUCUUACUUUUCUUCAACUUCCGACUUUCUCAUUCAUUCUUCCUUCCUUUCUUUUGUCUCUCUUCUUUCAAAUUCUCUUCUCUUCUCUUUCCUUCCACUCAACUUCAUUUCUUUCUUUCUUUCUUUCUUUCGUUCUUUCUUUCUUUCUUCUGUCGUCUUUCUUAGAAUUCUCUUCUAUUCUCUUUCCUUCUACUCAACUUCAUUUCUUUCUUUCUUUCUUUCUUUCUUUCUUUCUUCUGUCUUCUUUCUUAGAAUUCUCUUCUUCUCUCUUUCAAUCCUCUUCUUCGUUUCUUUCUUUCUUUCUUUCUUUCUUUCUUUCUUUCUUCUGUCUUCUUUCUUAGAAUUCUCUUCUAUUCUCUUUCCUUCCACUCAACUUCAUUUUCUUUCUUUCUUUCUUUCUUUCUUUCUUUCUUUCUUCUGUCUUCUUUUUCUUAGAAUUCUCUUCUCUUCUCUUUCCUUCCACUCAACUUCAUUUCUUUCUUUCUUUCUUUCUUUCUUUCUUUCAAUUCUCUUCUCUUCUCUUUCCUUCCACUCAACUUCAUUUCUUUCUUUCUUUCUUUCUUUCAAUUCUCUUCUAUUCUUUCCUUCUCAACUUCAUUUCUUUCUUUCUUUCUUUCUUUCUUCUGUCUUCUUUCUUAGAAUUCUCUUCUCUUCUCUUUCAAUCCACUCAACUUCGUUUCUUUCUUUCUUUCUUUCUUUCUUUCUUUCUUUCUUUCUUCUGUCUUCUUUCUUAGAAUUCUCUUCUAUUCUCUUUUCCUUCCCUCAACUUCAUUUCUUUUCUU